AGGGCACAGAAGUCUCGGUUGGUUGAAAUGUGGGAGCUUGAGAGAAGACGCACGUUACAGUUCACUUGACAAAUGCAGUAACCGGUAAGAAGCUUGUGCAUCCCCGCUUUCUAACCGUACGGUCCGGGUCAGGCAGCGUAGUCGGCUACUCCUAGAUGAUAUUUUGCGGCCGUCAGUCGUCCUGGGUGCUUGGCUGCCGUCAGCGGCAUCCACUGGCGAGAUAUAGACAUCAGAUGCGACCAGAGUGCACGCAACCCUUUUCGAGCCAGUGAUUGAUGCUCAUCCCCAUUAGGGACUGUGGUGUGGAGUCCACAUCUCCUAAGUUAUGCAUAAUGGGUCCGUUUACAACGUUAGCUUGGGUCUGGCUGAUGGGUCCGCAUGGAUAUUACUCUCAUAAUUGAGGCGGAGAAGCAUUGGACUGGAGUCUUCGAAGUCCUUGCCGGCCGUAGAUGGCGCAUAUCAAGCAACCAUAAUGUAAGGACGUCCAGCUACCACUGUGUCUCCUAUACGUGGGGUAUCGACAGAGCACCAAAUGUCUUCGGCGUUGACGGAAAUGUCUCUUCGAACACUCGCAGGUCCCUAGAAGCGGCGAUUGCGAGCACUAAACGCGCUGCCGUCAGCGACCAGGCUUUCUGGAUCGAUGCCGUCUGCGUCCCGCGUGAAGGUGUCUCACGUCGCGCAACUCUGGAGAGCAUGGGAAACAUCUAUUCAAGUGCACGGUCGACCAUCGUGGUCCUGCAAUCGACCACUUGGGAGAUCAUCAGUCGUGACGCUCGCUCGAACGAGCCUUACUCGGAGAUUCAGUUGGAUCAGCUCAAUGAAGACAAUUGGAUCAACAGCGUGUGGACCUACCAGGAGCUCGUCAACGCGCGGGCAGUGUCGCUCACCGCCGUAGGUCUAUCUAGCGGCCGGAGCAUCAAAGGCGACGACUUUCUGAAUUGUAUCGGCUUCUCCUUGGAUCGCUACAAGAGGCAACACUCCCUUUCGGCGCUUGCCAUCCGAAGACGCUACCCUGUUCUUGAUGCUUUCGAAGACUCGAUAGCUGACUGGAUGGUUGCGGGCUACAUGGACCGUUCCAUGCUCGCUUGCCUCACGGGCGUAGCUGGUCGAUACUGCGAUCCAGCACGGCCAACGAACAGGAUGUACGCACUCCUGGGAGCGUUAACGCAGGUGGCAUCUUGGGGUGCUGUUGACGAAAAUGUAUCACAGCUUGUACAGAGAGCCAUGGGAAUCUGUGAUGGAAACGGCGACUUCUCGUAUAUCUACACAACGAACCAAACGCAGGACCGCAGUCGGAAGUGGCGCCCAGACGCCGAGUCAGAUUUGCUACCUGUGUUGCGUUGGCAUAUCUGGGGCGAUGGACAGCCCGGGACAACGGCUGAUGGCAUAGCGGAGCUUCAAGAGAUGGUUCGCUUAGAUCUCCAAACCGAGCCGUCGCCGGAGGUACACGCUCACGUAUCAAAGUGGUUGUGUGACUUCGCCGGUUUUCAUGGAGACCAGCUCGGUAGACUCGAGGCAAUAGAAAGCGAGCUGCCACGGACGCUGCGAUCCAUUGGCUUCACCGGGUCUGCAGUCUGUCAAAGGUGUAGGACAGGCUUCGUACUAACGCAGGAAGAGAUCCAGCCACAUGAGACUGUCGAAGCUUACGUAUCAAGCAGCAUUCGGUGGGCGUUCGGUACUCCAGGCAUUGCGCAAGUGAGAGAUGGUGGCACGGAUAAUGUGCGAUACAUUGUCGUGGUUCAUGUAGGACCAACGUUACGCAACGAACCAGAGCAAUCUGUGCUCCUGUUAUGAUGCCUUUCUUUCCUGUAACGGAUAGGUUGGUCGAAGGAAUACAUCAAAUCAUCGAAAUACUACAGCGUAGAGCCUCUGCAGGCCUCGGAGCCAGGACAAUCAGCUGCAGCAAGCCCUAGCCGGGCGUGUUAGAGGUAGACCACAA